CUUGCAAAAUCUGUCACAGCCCUCCUUCAGCACCUUGCCAACAGGAGCGACUCUAAUGCGAACCCCGUUUGUCGAUAAUUUGUCGCAUUGGAUUGGUUAGACGACGGGAAUUUAGGGCUCAGCUCAGCUAACCACCGUCCUACUAUUUUGUAAUAUACAGCUAGCAGAUAAUCAUUUGCUGUUAAGUUACUGACAAUUUUGAUUUACAUCCAACCUGCAGCGAUUUUUUAAAAAGUUUCUUACAACGCCAAACGGCAACCGAGAGGAUGCUGCUUGACCCAAAUUGCUCAAAGGGAACCUUUGGCAGAGCUCAAGCCAACAUUUUACGCGCGUAUAGGGAUGCGAGUCAGUUUCGCUUUCGGGAUGGGGAUAUUCCAGACACAUUUGGAACAUGACAGCAAAAUCUGUAUCCUUUGAGGUGCUGCAGCAUUUUCGGUGUUUAAUUAUUGCAUCUUCUGCCUUAUGGGGAGGCAUCCCUUAGUGGGGUGCGAUGGAGCAGCUAGAAGAGGAACUUACAUGCCCAAUCUGCUGCGGUCUCUUCGAGGACCCACGGGUCUUACUGUGCUCACACAGCUUUUGCAAGAAAUGCUUGGAGGGACUCUUGGAGGGGAACCGGGGUUCAGCUUUCAGGACACCUUUCAAAUGCCCCACUUGCCGCAAAGAGAGCCCUCAUAACGGCGCGAACAGCCUGCAGAUCAACUAUUCUCUACGCAGCAUAGUGGAGAAGUUCAGCAAAAUAAAGGUUAUACCUAAAAUGUCUGUUUGUAAACAACACUCCGGUCAGCCUCUUAACAUAUUUUGCGCCACCGACUUAAAACUAAUAUGUGGAUUUUGCGCAGCGACGAAUGACCACGAAGGGCACAAGUUCUGCUCCUUGGAGGAUGCAUAUGAACGGGAGAAGAAGGCGUUUGAUGAGCUGCUUCAUGGGGUGAAGAACUGGCAAAGAGCAGAUUACCUGUCCUGCCUGGAGACACUACAAGCCAGUAAGAAAAAGGCGCUUCUGUCGGUGACCAAGGACGCAGAGAAGGUUAAAGACUAUUUCGAGAAACUCAUCAGUGCCCUUGAAUGCAAAAAGAACGAAAUCCUGUCCGAUUUUGAAACACUAAAGCUGGUGGUGAUGCAGGCAUACGAUCCGGAGAUCACCAAGCUGAGCGCAGCGGUGGAGGAGCAGAAACGGGCGCUCAGCAUCGCUGAGUCUUUCAGGAGCGUUUGCGACCCCCUGUGCUUUCUGCAGCAGAUGCAAGACUUCCGAGAGAAGUGGAAGGUGCUUAAGGAUACUCCAAUGCCCUCUCGGAAAGACAUGGACGUCGGUCCCCUUGUGCGUAAUUUUGACGUUAAAAACUGGGAUUCACUGAAGCUCAAAGAAGUGGACAAGAUCUCAGCCCCCCACGAGAGUGGCUCCUACCGAACGGGGUGCAAACGGAUGACAGUGCCCAGAUGGCUCAUCAUUUUUAUCCUCAUAUUUAUGAGCUUGUUAGUGCCAACUCUGCUGCUCCCGCUGCUGCCGCACAGCCUCACAGCGUAUGUGACCAGGGAGGCUGAAUCACUUCUCACUGUAUUUUUCUCUCACCUUGCACACACCGGUGCGUGCCUGCGGGAAAUCACGGACAUUUGCAUAGGUUUGAUGGAUGCAGGUCAGGAAUAUAGCAUGAAGUUAAUCGACUCUGCUGUCCGCUUUAUUAACAGUUGAAAGUUACCCAAUUACUAGGCAGCGGUAUCUCACAGCUGGGAAAUAAUUUGCACAAGUGAGAUGUAAAACUCUAGUUAAUACUUUGAAACACUUAAUUGUUUACCAUGUCUUAUUUUUGUUGUUGUUUUUGCCUUAUUCCUAAGCUGCAACCUCGAUGAAGCCAUAGAAUCAAACGAAUCAACCCUUAAUCCUCAGAGGUUGCAGCCUGCAUUUUCAUCAACUAGACACUAACUCACUUCUUUCCAUGAAUGUGAAAUCUAUUCCUUUAUUUUUUCUUUCUUAAAAAAAAACACAAUCACCAUUUCAAACUUGUUCAACGUGAUCUUGACAAAUAAAUCUGAGAAAUUUUGA